UGUUUUUUGGGGUUUUACCGUCCAUGGCUUCUCCACUCUUCUCUUCCCUCUCCCCAGCCCUCCCCUGUGCCGCUCUCCUUAAACCCCCCAAAUCCCCGCCCUUCUCCCUCCCAAUUCGAAGGAUUUCCCUUCGAAGAACCCUAAAUCCGCCCUCCAUCAAAGCCCUCAAGGAAUGGGCGGAGUACGAGGACGCCGUGCGUGAGAAGGACCUCGCUCGGGCUCUUCGCUUCCUCAAAUCCAUGGAAUCUUUCCCAACCCAGUCCUCUUCCUUGUCUCCUUCUCCUCCUCCUCCUUACAUGGAUUCCGUUGCUUCUUCGAUUCCUUCGGAGUUGUACUCUCGGGAGUUGCUGAGGCCGGAGAGGGACUGGGAGGUGCUUGAUACUUGCUUGAAUGCUGAUGAUAUGAGGCUCGUCGGGAGCGCCUAUGACUUCCUCCAGGCACGGGGAUUUCUUCCGAGUUUCGGUAAAUUCAGGAACAUUGUUUUAGAGGGGCCAAGAGAUGUAACUCCAACAGUUCUAAAGGAAUCAACUGGUUUGGAAGCCUUGAAGCUUGCACCAAAGAAGUGGGGUCUUUCUGGAAGCUCCAGACUUGUGUUGAUUGCUUGCCUUGGAGGUGUAUCUUUUCUGCUCUCUCAGGGAAUAGACAUACGACCUAACUUAGCAGCCAUGUUGGCAUUAGCAAUGUUAGAUGCAAUUUUUCUAGGUGGCAGCUGUCUUGCUCAAAUCUUAUGCUUUUGGCCUCCGUAUAAGCGGCGCGUUCUUGUUCAUGAAGCAGGGCAUCUUCUCGUUGCUUAUCUUAUGGGUUGUCCAAUUCGAGGUGUGAUUUUGGAUCCCUUCGUGGCACUGCAGAUGGGCAUUCAGGGCCAGGCAGGAACUCAGUUUUGGGAUGAGAAGUUGGAAAAUGAGCUCACAGAGGGCCGUCUUAGUAGCACUGCUUUUGACAGGUACUGCAUGGUGCUUUUUGCUGGUAUUGCAGCUGAAGCUCUUGUUUAUGGAGAGGCAGAAGGUGGAGAAAAUGAUGAAAAUUUAUUCAGAAGUGUUUGUGUUCUCUUACAACCUCCAUUGAAUAUUGCGCAGAUGUCAAAUCGUGCACGCUGGUCUGUUAUGCAAUCCUACAAUCUUCUGAAGUGGCAUAAACAUGCACACAGAGCUGCUGUUAAAGCUUUAGAGAAUGGCCACAGCCUUAGUGUAGUCAUCAGGAGGAUUGAAGAAGCAAUGUCUUCCACUAGCUGAUGCAGUGCAGGAUAAGAGCACUGGAUCAUUUUUUGUUGCAACAUUUUUGCAGUGUGACAACUAGUGAUACUUCAAUUGGCUCCGAAUAUAAUGAGCUGACUUGCUGGGGUAUGUGAAGACGAUAGGACUGAUAGCAACCGGGAUGGAGAGGAUACUGAACAAUUAUUUUAAGAAAAAUGUAAGUUUUGGAAAGGAUAUAACCAUCAGUGACAGUCUAGUCUACUAUGGUGCAUUCUCAUGUUACUGAACUUCCAUAUGACAAGCUCCGACAUGAUUCAACUUGGACGAUGAGUUAAGAAGAUUAUAUUGGAAAAAGAAACAGAAGAUCACAUGCAUUUGUGUCACCAAUCAAAGAGGUUCACUUGCUAACUUCAUGAUUCUGCAUUCUUACAUGCAAUAAAUUGUGUAGCUAUACUAUCAAUAUAUAGUACAAAUGAAGCAGUCCAGUGGAAGAUCUAGUUGGUGGUUGUUGUAACUAUCAGAAACAGAAUCUACUUGCUUCCUGCUCUCUGCUGGACUACCGGACUUAUUUGAAACGUGUUAAUACAGUUAUAUUUGUCUUCUUUUUGCUGA